AUGGAAGAUGGUGUGGUCGCGGACGAAUCCAAGGCUCCCCGACCUUCACCACGACAUUGCCCUCGGUCACCGCUUCUCAGAGCGAUGGAUGUUCCAAGGAUUGUCAAAUCUCGAUCAAGCAAACGGAUGCUGCUCAUGCAGAUAGCAUUGCUUCCUCCAAGCGGGGCAAGAUUGAAGGCAAAACCUGCUCCUCCUAAGUCACCUCCACCCAAGGGGCGAAUGCCACAGCCACCUAUGGUGCAGGCGCAGGAGGCCAAGACAACUUCGUCCAGAAAGGAUGUGGCUGUCGAGAUUCAGCGCAUCCUGGGUGCAGGCUCAGCUGAGGAGAGGCUACAGAUCCCUGGAGAUGCAAAGGAAGAGGCUAUUCUGCAAGCAUGGAAGAAGCUGGUGCUGCUGCUGCAUCCCGACAAGCUGCAGUGGUUGGAUGAAAACACAAAGAUCAAAGGCGCGGAAGCACUUCACGAGGUGCACGCUGCAAAAGAAGAGUUGCGUAGGCGAAGCCAAGAAGCCUGCGCGCAGGUUCCUGAACAGCCCAGGAAGGCUGCUGCUGCACGAUGCUUGGAUGCCACUCCUGGAACCAGGAAGUAUGAAAUCAGCUGGACUUUGCCAGAAGUCCAGGACCCAAAAGCUCCAGUAGAAAAAUACGAGGUGUGGGGACCAAGGCACUGCUCUGAGCUUGGCGAAACGUUCGAUUGGGUUCUUUUGGCAACUCUGCCCCCUCUUCAAUCGCAGUUCAUUAUCGUUGAGGAAGCACCAACUCAACAAGAUGUCAUGUGGGCUGCAGAUCGUGUUUUGAGAGCAACUUUGUCACUUACUGUGCACGCUGUAAAUGGGAAAGGUCAAUCUGACGCAUUGUGCCUUGAAUUGCCCUGGGCAUCAGCUUUUCCGUGGCUUCGAGGUGUGGGCUCAAUGAUCUGCAGCCAGUGCUUCAGGUUGAAUCAAAGGGAGAGCCGGCAUGGAUGGACAGCUUGUGCUGGAUGCGGUUCUGGGUUGGCAGCUGAGCUUGCCGUGGUGAUUCGUUGCACUGAGUGUGGUGGUGAGGUAUUGUGGCAAAGUCAUGCGUUGAGCUGUACCUGUUGCAGGCGGUCAUAUGGCCAAAGCAUGCCUUCAAGGCGCAGCCGCGGACAAGAUGCCUAUCACAGGUCAUUUGCUGAACAGGAUGGUGCUCUCCGGCUGCCCCGGAGUCUUGCGAUGCAGGAGGAGGUGCAGCGCAAUCAGAGGGCUUUUCGCAAGACGAAGGAUCAUGGAGUCCAGAUGGAAGAGGAAACUAUCUCACCGACCCGGCGUGCAAUGAAGCCGUCUAUAGCCAGGUUGCCAAGCCGCGCCGAAUCCUUCGCUGACUUGGACAGCCUGUCGUGGCUGAACGUGCUGUUGAGUUGGCUGUGGCCCAACCUCAACAGGGCCCUCACUGACUUUGUCAAUCAGGAUCUGACUCCCAGGUUGCAAAGCUCUUUGCCUUCCUUCUUUAGGAACAUCAGAUUCUCCCGCUUCACAUUAGGAAGCAAAAGUCCUGAACUGGGUCCAGUUCAAGUCAUGCAUGCGAAGGACACAGUGGACAUCGUCCUUGACAUGCAGUACUUGAGCGAUGUUGACGUGAGCAUUGACACCGGGAAUGGAGUGGGCUUUGGAAUGAGGCAUCUCAACUGCAAUGGCAAGAUUUGCAUAUCUUUGCAGACCAUGCAGCAGUUCCCGAUCACAGGGGCUGCGCAGAUCUUUUUCCCUUUCGUGCCAGAGUUGGACAUCGAGUUCACCGGUCUUGCUGCUCUUGGACACUUUCCGGGCAUUGAAAAGACAAUGAGGGAUGCUGUCAAGGAUUGGCUAAAAAGUCAUUUCGUGUUGCCACGAAGCAAGGCUGUGAUGUUUAGCAAGAACGUGGACCCAAUCAAGGCACUGGCCCGUCGACCGAUGGGAGUCUUGCGCGCAAAGGUGCUGAGAGCAAGAAAUCUGGCGGGGGUGAACUGUCAUGCCUUCGAAGAAGGGAGCUUCACCUCACACCCUUAUUGUAUUCUAUCGCUGGGUGACUCUUCAGCAAGGACAAGCACAGUCAGAGACACCACUUUUCCUGGCUGGCCAGCGGACGAGUCAGGUGGAUAUUUUGUCGUUCACCAUAGGGAACAACGUCUUCAAGUGGAGGUUCAAGCAGAAGCAAGUGGGAGCCUGUUUAGCCACAAUUUUACAGGCUUUCUGGGAAGUGUAUCAUGCAGAAUUGGCCACUUGAGACGUUGGCCUGUUCAGGCUGGCAGCGGAAUCCGGUGCAGCACCUUGACCCUUAACACGUCACAGGUGAAUCGCGAGCUAUUACAUGUGGACGAUCCGGUGAGUCGCGGCAUUCCAUCUACCUUGGACUUGGAGAUUCAAUGGUUUGAUAUUGUGGAAGGGCCAGCUUUGAGUGCUCAAUUGCAGGUGGCAAUUUGGGUGGAGCUUCUGAAGGGUACAGGUUUCCCCAUGGAAGCGAAUGUCAGACGCGGGCUUCGGUGGAGGACAUGGAUUGAAGACAAUGAAGAUCAUGCCAAGGUCAGCCCAAAAGGUCAAACGUGCGGAAGUGAGUUGCAGUUCCCUCAAGUCGCUAUCAAUCCGAGGCUUUUCCCAGUGAUCGACAAUCUUAGUUGCCGUGGAUACCCAAUAAAGGACAUUUCUGAGAUUCUUGGCAUCAACGAAGAACUUGUUACCUCAUACACCAGGGCACGUGAAGAUUUCCAACGCAGUCAAGCAGAACUUGUGCAGGCACAGAGCAAAGAUGACUAUCGUGUCGACCUGCAAUGGUUUGACAUUGCUGUCCAUUUGUUGGAUGCUUCGCACUUGCCAAAGAAGCUUCACAUAGCGUUAUACGAUAGCAAGGACGCAGAAGUAGGGCGGCUGGAGCCCAUAAGCCUCAGGUCCCUUCAAGACAUGCCUACGCCUGGUACUCGCGUUUGCCAGCUGCAGGUUGAAGCAGAUCAAGGCAUCGUAGCUUGGCUGGUGCCAUCCGCUCCAACCCGCUUCGCAACAGUUGAAAUGGAGAUCUGUGUCAAGCUUUGUGGGCUGAGACCAGGCAACGACAUACCUCGAAUGUGA